GAUUAUUGUUGUAUCCUUUUGGUGAAACCCAUACGUAAUUUACAUGGUCGUUCUUUGGAGCCUUACCGAAUUCAUGGUGGAAAAUCUGUGUCAAUCUUACGCGGACCGGACCAAACUCGUAUGGAGGAAAAUGAAUAUUAUGCGAUCGGAACAUCCGGUAGAACAGGAAAAGGUUACGUUAUCGAUGGGGAUGAAGUUAUGUAUUUUAUGAAGAACUUUGAUGUUGGAUAUGUUCCUCUUAGGUUAGCCAGAUCGAAACAACUGUUAAAUGUAAUUGAUCGUAAUUUCAGUACACUUGCAUUUUGCCGUCGUUGGUUAGAUCGUCUAGGUGAGACAAAAUAUCUGAUGGCCCUCAAAAAUCUAUGUGACGUGGGAAUAGUAGAUCCAUAUCCCACAAUGUGCGAUCAACGUGGUUGCUAUACUGCUCAAUGGGAGCAUACCGUUCUACUAAGACCAACAUGUAAAGAAGUUGUAUCUCGUGGGGAGGAUUACUGAGUAGCUUCGGAGUUUCCAAUUCAGGGUUCACUAUAGACGUUAUAAAUUUUGUUAUUUCACUGAGAUUUAUUUUCAUUCGAACGUGUAUCCAGGUUAAUGUUUGAUACAGCAUUUGACUAUGUCUAUCAUCAUU